AUGAAGUUUGACAGUAUUUCUUCAAUUGUGGAGAUAUGCCCUUAUUACGGAACUCUUGACGAAGUUUAUAUCUUACUGCUUCAGUUAAACAGAAAGACUAAAGGAUACUUGACAAAAAGUGCUAAAGCUUUAGACCAAAUAAUACUUGCUAGAAAAGUGAUCUGACUUGGCAAAGAGAAACUCCAAACUUAUAUGAGAAGAUUUCGGGAAAGAAUAGCAUAUAGACUAUUCAAAAUGGAUACAAUAGUACUUGAAGGGAAUUCCUGAGUGAAUGAAGUAAUACAAUUUAUCAAGCAUCAUCCAGAACCUCGUUUCCUAAAGUUCACCAGCUUUGAAGUAUGGUUAUCUGGCAAGAAUGACCCAAUUUAUUGGAAUACCAAGUUUUACCAAGAUAAAAACCAGGAGAAGCGAUACCUAAAAGUUAUCGAGAAGUUAGAACUAGCCUUUUCGAAGCAAAAUCUACCCACUCAACUAAUAGAGUCUAUAGAAAGAGCAGAAGUAGUAGCAUACAGGUACAAGCAGAUAAAAUACUGAGUAUUUCUAAUCGACAUGAACUCAAAUCCCAGACUGUUGACAAAAUUAGUUAAAAGACUGAUAAGAAAGGAAAUAAAGAUCCAUAAAAUCAUCAUUGUUUUAGAUUUUUCAAAUUACAGCUUUUGGCUGAAUUAUAAAGAAGCUUUUGAUGAUCUCGAAGACUUUCAAGUAAAAAUUAUAGCCCGGAGUAUAUAUCAUAAAUCCAUCAAUGCCUAUGACUUUAUUGAUAACCUAAUCAAAAAGAACCAAGUUGAGCUAAUGAUCGUGAACCAGAUAUGAAACUUUCACUUAAUUGAUUCCUCUCUAGGGGAUAGAGAAUUUAGGACAAGGCAGUUCCAAAGACUUGAGAGUCCUUUCCUCUCUAAGGUUACUUCAAAUGUUCCUUCUCUAAUAAAGAUACACACUCCUGAAAUCAUUGAGAAAGAGAAGAUGAAGUAUACAUGACUGCAAUCUCAACAAUGGAUGUGCGAAGCGAUGCUCACUGAUUUUGAUAUCUUCGAUAAUCAAAAUUUUUGCAUUAACCCAAACUCGAUCCUGACUUACUUUAAACUAAUAAAGAACCCUAUGAUUUCAUAUGAAAUAAUUGAUAAUUCGACUGUUGAUGAUGCAGAGACUGAGUGAGAUUAUAUCCCAAUAGAGAACAGAUUUGAUCCAGGUAUCUUAUUUGAGGUAGAUUCGGUCACAAACAACCUAACCAGAGUUCUUGGAAAGUACAGAAGCUCAGAGAAUGGAAUUAACAUCUUUAGAAGAUAUAAAGAUACAAUCUUUAAACACCCUCUUGAUGGUAUCUUAGAAAUAGAUUUAACCAGACUUAAGGAACAGACCUUCCUCCAUUGUAUCUUAUUGUGUGAAUUCUUCAAAAUUUUAGAGCUAAAAUUUAUCCUUGGCUUAGAGACAAACUUUGGCUUUGUCAGAAAACUCUUGAAAUAUCUUACUACUAAUGAAAUUCCAAAGGUUCUAAAACGAAAUAAGCCAAACAUUCAUGAGCUGUACCCAAAUUUUACUGGGUCAAAACCUAGAGUUUUUAAAGUAUGGCUUGUGAGCUCCUCUGCUUCCUCAGAGUAUAUGCACAGAGUGAUUCGUACUCUUCCGAACACCCAUUUGAAGAUUGUUUUCUCGGAUAAUGCCCCUUUCACAGAAGAAGUUUCUGAGAUGAUCAAGGAUUUGAAGACCAAAUCUGGAAUGAGUAAUCUUACAUUUUACAAGGAGCAAGCUCGUUCUCUAUAUAAAAUGGCUUAA